UUGAAACUCCCUCAGCGGAUGUUGAUUCGGAAAUGCUGUUGUAUUUUCCUUGAAACUAGCUUCAUGGCUUUAUAUCUCAGAUAACAGUGUAAAACUUUGCCUCAGCGAGGUGGCGAAAACAUAUUUACAGCUAAAGCUAAACCUUUCAUGCGGUUAUAACGUGACAAUUUACCGAGCUCCACGGGUAACGUUUUCAAAUCCCCGUAUCACUUGAGAAAAGUGUUUACACUGAGCAGGAUGCUAGCAUGUCUCGUUAGCAAACCACUGCAGGAAAUUAGCUCGUUAGCAUAGACAGCCAGCCUAGUGUUAUCAUGAGGCUUAAGUGUUCCUCUUUAUGCUCGUACUCGAUUUAAAUAACCUCUGCGCAAUGGACACCGAGGCAAUAGAGAUCCGUAUAAAAACGCCAUCAGGUGACAUGGACUCGGUCGUUGACUGUCCAUCUCUUCUGAACUUCAAUGACUUACUGGUUGCAAUCAGAGAUGUCAUGCCUGAAGCCACUGUCACGGCCUUUGAAUAUGAAGACGAGGUGGGUGAUAGAAUCACUGUGAGAAGUGAUGAAGAACUCAAAGCCAUGUUGUCGUAUUACUUCAACACAAUGAAUGAACAACGCAUGAAUGGACUUCUGCCUGACCCUCUACAGAUUUUUCCACGAGCCGGCAAGACUCCAGGGAUCCGGAACAUACAUGGCCUGAAGGUUAAUACAAGACCUAACCCAGCCAAUGACUGCACUCAUGGCGUCCCAGACUCUAUGGCCAACAACAGCUUAAAGAAAUCAUCUGCUGAGCUGAAGAGGAUUCUGACAAAUGGGCAGAUAAAUGCCCAAGAUAUCCACUAUCAAGAGCAACUUGGCCAUGGAAACGGUGGCACAGUUUACAAAGCGUACCAUCUUCUGGGCAAGCGGGUUUUAGCUGUCAAGGUCAUUCCCCUGGAUAUCACAGUGGAAUUACAGAAACAAAUCAUGUCAGAAUUAGAAAUUCUAUACAAGUGUGAUUCACCCUACAUCAUCACCUUCUUCAGUGCCUUUUUUGUAGAGAACAGAAUAUCCAUAUGCACAGAAUUUAUGGAUGGUGGUUCUCUGGAUGUGUUCAAAAGAAUUCCAGAGCACGUGCUGGGAAGGAUCGCAGUGGCAGUAAGAUUUCAUGAAAUACUCAAAAUCUCCCUAUUAUUGGUGAAUUCUAUAGCCAAAACGUACGUGGGAACUAACGCAUACAUGGCACCGGAAAGGAUAUCAGGAGAACAGUAUGGUAUCCAUGCAGAUGUCUGGAGUGUGGGAAUCUCUUUCAUGGAGUUGGCGCUAGGCAUGUUCCCCUAUCCACAGAUUCAGAAAAACCAAGGAUCUUUAAUGCCUCUCCAGUUACUGCAAUGCAUCGUUGAUGAGGAUCCUCCUGUUCUUCCUGUUGGCCAGUUCAGUGAAAAGUUUGUUCACUUUAUAACUCAGUGUAUGCGGCGGCAACCCAAAGAGAGGCCUGCUCCUAAUAACCUCAUGGAUCAUUCGUUCAUCAUACAGUUUAACGAUGGUAAUGCAGAGGUGGUGUCAAUGUGGGUCUGUUGCUGUCUGGAGGAGAGACGCGCCCAGCACGCUCUGGGACACGUCUGAAGUCCUAGUGCUGUCCGCCCAUGGUGGACCAGGACAACACUUUUUUUGAAGGCUUCAGGGUCAAGUAUGUCCAUAUGCACUGUACAAGAGACUCAAUGUACAUGGACACUAAUCACUAGAUGUUACAAACAUUUUAACGGUUUAAGUCAUUCUUAAACCGCACUGUGUGGAGCUCACAUCCUUUGAACUUUGCAUCUUAAUAUCUGCAUCCAAAAAGUGCAGGGAGGUCUGCGCUUCCUUUCUAACAUGGGUCUCCAUUUUUUAGGAGUAUACAGAAAUGCAGUGAGCACAUCACAGCCUAGUGGAUAGAGAUACACAAUCCAGAUUUAAAAGAGCAGUGACAAGAAACAACUUCAAAACAUAUGACAAAUUAAAUGCAUGGCAAAGUCAUGCUCUUUUCCUGGGAUAGCAUCUCAAAUAACCGUUUUGUGCUUUACUGUAGACAGCCCUCCAGUGAAUGUUAAGGUUUUUGCCUGUAAGUUACUGCCCAUGUGUGUGCCUGUUUUUCCAGUGGUGUACUGUAUUACCUCAGCAAACUUAUGUUUUCACUGUAAAAGCAAAACUUCCCCCCCCCCCCCCCCAAAAAAAAAAAUGACCUUUUUCUGGAAUAGAACAUUUGAUUCCAGUCAUUCCCUAAUCGUGUGUGGUCGGGGUGUUACAGGAAGUGGA